GGAUAAAUCAUACAUUUCCUAUAAAAUUGAUCAAACAUUGAAUUAAUGAUACUUUGAGAAUGAGAAGUAUAAAGAACAAUGGAUUAAAUUAUAAUGCAGGGGCGAGUAAAAUUUUGAGCUUGUAAACAAGGUGAUCGAUCCCGUCGAAUCAGAAUGCAUUGUGGGAUCGCUUAGAAUAGUGGGAAAAAGAAGUAAUAAUAAACACAGAGAACAAUGGGAGACAGUGAUGAUGAAUAUGACCGCAGGAGAAAACGAGACAAGUUCAGGGGUGAAAGAAAUGAGUAUAAUGAUCGCAGAGAUGAUAGGCGCGGAGGCUGGGAAGACAGUAGGAUGCGAGAGGGCUGGGGGAGAUCAGCAGAUAGAGGGGCAGAGAGAGGGGGUAGACGAGAAGGCUAUGGUCGUGAAAACUUUGAUCGUAGACGGGAUCGGUAUAGUCCACCACCUCGACAUGACAUGAGUCCACCAGCAAUGAAGAGAAUGAGGAGAGACUGGGAAGGCGAUGGUGGAGGCUACAACCCACAACACCAGAGGGAAGCCUACAACCAGGGUCACCAUGGCAACUGGAACAACAAUGCUGCAAAUGACCACCGUGGUGGCUACCAACAAGGCCAAAGACUAGAAGUAGACUACCCAACCCAACCACCAAUGAUGCCAUUUAAACACUUUUUGGGACAACAGGACGAUCACAUCACUGACCAAGAAGCUAUCAAAAAAUACAACGAGUACAAGUUGGAUUUCAAAUGCCAACAAGUUAAUGAUUUUUUCUUGGCACAUAAGGAUGAAGAAUGGUUUAAGGCCAAGUACCAUCCUGAUGAGUGUGAUGUCAGUAAUGAAGAAUCUAAGGCAGCGCUAAACAAGCGUUGUGAAGUAUUUACAACAUUGCUAAAUAUGGGCACGAUCGAUGAGCUGAGCCUUGAUGUAGAGAAAAACGAUGGCCUCAUCAAAAUGCUAGAUGCAGCUGUUAUCCUUAUGGAAGGAGGCACUGAGAAUGACCUGAAAGUGUUAGAUUUGCCCCCUGAGGAAACGGAAGAUGACACACGCAGUAGGACCACCUCAGAAUCAACAAAAAAUGAAAAACCGGAGGACAAAGAGAAGGAAGAAGAGCAGAAGAGGAAAGAGGAGGAAGAAAAGAAAGCCAAAGAGGCUGUUGCUAAGGCUGAAGGGGAGGAAGGAAUGAAGACUGAAGAGCAAGAAGAAGAAAAGAAACCUGGGGAUACUUCUAAUGGAAAGACUACAGAAGAGCCAAAAGAGGAGGGUGAAACUGAAACUAAUGGGCCAGAAAAUGCUACAACUCCCAAAAAAGAGGCGAAAAAAGAGAAAAAGAAGAAAGUGAAAGAAAGAAAAGAUUCGCAGACAUAUGAUUACUCAGAGUCGGACUCUAGUUCUGAUAGCGGCUCAGAGUCGGAGGCAGAACCUGCAGAGCCAGCGCCACCUGGUCUUGAGGAGCCCAAACCACCAGGAAUCGAAGGAGAAACUAAAGAAUCACCAAAUAAGGAGAAAACAGAAGAAUCCAAAGAAAACAAUGAGGAGCCUGUAUCUCUCAAGGAAGAAGCAUCUGCUAAGGAGCCUGAGAAGGAAGAAGAUGAGAAGGAAGAGGGAGAGGAAGGAUCAGAUGGCGCUCCUAGAGCUCUCCACAGAACAUCAUCAAUAUUCCUACGUAAUCUAGCGCCCUCUAUAACAAAACAGGAGGUUGAAGCAAUGUGCAAGAGAUACCCAGGGUUCAUGCGCUGUGCUUUACAAGACCCUCAACCCGAACGUCGUUUCUUCCGCCGUGGCUGGGUCACGUUCGAUAGAUCUGUGAAUAUCAAAGAUAUAUGCUGGAACCUCAACAAUAUUAGGUUGCGUGACUGUGAAAUGGGAGCAAUAGUAAACAGAGAUCUGAGACAAAGGGUUCGACCAGUAAAUGGUAUAACUUCACAUAAACUUGUCUCCAAGUCCGACAUCAAACAUGUCGCAAAAAUUAUCCAGAAUUUUGACAGACGGUGGAGUUUGUGGGAGAAUGACAAUAAAGAUACUGAGAAACAGGAGUUUGGGCUUGUGUCCAAGAACCCAGUAUUAAAAAAUAUCACAGAUUUCCUGGUAGAUGAAGGUUCCUACGAGGAAGAGGAAAUGUUGGGCAUUUCUGUUGAGGAGAAGACAGAUGCUGAGAAAGAAGCCACUAUAGAAAGAGACGAACCUUUAUUAAAGGUGUUAGACAGAAUGAUAAUCUACCUGCGUAUUGUGCAUUCAUUUGACUACUACAGUGCUAUAGAGUACCCCAAUGAGGAUGAAAUGCCUCAUAGAUGUGGCAUCAUACAUGCUAGAGGUCCUGCACCUUCCAGUAAGAUCCUCAAUGAUGGUGGGCUCAAUAAACUUGUGAAUGAAUGGCAGGCUGCAUUUAGUCACAAGAUCUUAGGAUGGGUACAUGUUAAAUGGACUCUAGACAAUGAAGAGGCAACUAGACUGGGCCUUAAAGAUGCAGAAAAAGAAGUAGAAAAGUUCAUGGAUGCCAAUUGUCAGGAACUUGGAAAAGAUAAAUGGCUUUGUCCACUGAGUGGGAAGAAGUUCAAGGGACCCGAGUUUGUCAAAAAGCAUGUCAAGAAUAAAUAUGCAGAAAAGAUAGAAGAUGUCAAAAAGGAGGUUGAGUUCUUCAAUAAUUACCUGCUGGACCCUAAGAGGCCACAACUCCCAGAACACCCAGGGUUCCGCCCCCCAGCCCAGCCUGCCCCUGCCCCCAGGGAAUAUCCCCAGCAGCAGCACGGAGGAUACCAGCAACAAGGUUGGGGUAACAGGCCAUCUGCUGAUUGGGGCCAACAGCGCAGUUAUCGUUCCCCUCCACGUCAGCAUCAUGACCAACAUGACAGAAGGGAAGGUGGUGGCUUCAGUCGACAGUCCUCAUUCUCCAGAAACAACAGGAGCCAGAAGGAUCCUAGAGGAAUAGUGGGUUACCAGGAUCUAGACGCCCCCGAUGAUCUUGAUAUAUUUUAAUUGCUUGGAUACUUUACAUAAUUCUGUACAUGAAAUACAUGGAUAUGCAUAAAAUAUUUGGAUAUACAUAAAAUAUGUGGAUACGCUGAAUCUGAUUUUGUUUGCCCAUAUAUGGCCAUGUGUAUUGCACUGUAUCAGACUUUGAGAAGUCGCACCAAAAUUUAAGUCUAAAAAGUGGUUUUAAUUGUUAUAUAUAGUGUUGUGAGGAAUGCUGAUCAUGUAGUUUUUCAACAGGAAUUAUUUAUCCAUCAUUUUAGUCCGGGAUAACUUGUUUUGGUGUUGACAGUCAAAGUGUGAAUUUCUAAAAUUGGUGUGGGGAGUGGAUUUUAAAAUAUUUCCUAUUGGAUUCUUUCAUAUUUGCUGCGACUUCCCAUAUCUUGAUGUGACUAAAAUCUACAUGUGAUGCUCACAAUACAAUUGGACAAAACAUGGACUUAAUGUUACCAUGGUAACCAUCGCACCAUGUGCAUCGUUACUAUGCAUGUCAUACAACAAUAUAUAUGGUUACUAUGACAACAGAAGAGGAGGAUAUAGGGACUUAGACGCACCAGAUGAUGAGCCAUUAUAGGCCAAUAAAGUGAAAUUAACUGUACUGUCGUUUACUAACUAUCCGUGCAUGGCUAUUUGACAGACAUUUUAUAUUGCAUUUCUAUUUUUUUUAAAUGACUUAUAUAAUAAUAUGAUCAGAUUUUCAAUUGACUCAAUAAUGCAGUUUAAAUAAACCACCGCAUCAUUUUC